AUGACAAGAGUGAAUGUCUCCGCUGCAUGCGAUAGUCCAAACACUGAUGGCAUCCAUGUGCAACAACCAUCAAAUGUGACCAUCAUCAACUCAAGCAUUAGCAACGGUGACGACUGCAUCUCAAUCGGUCCAGGGACCUCCAACUUGUGGAUGGAAAGUAUUACAUGUGGACCUGGACAUAGAAUCAGCAUUGGGAGGUUGGGGAUGCAGGCUGAGGAGGAUGGAGUGCAUAACGUUGCAGUGAAAUCAUCUACUUUCACGGAGACUCAAAAUGGAGUUUCCGGAGUUAAAGUCAGAGAAGUAGCAUACGAAGACAUCAAGGGAACUUCAGCCACUGAAAUAGCAAUCAAUUUUGAUUGUAGUCCAACAAAUCAUUGCACUGGAUUAAGCUUGAAAGACAUAAAUCUAACUUACAAGAAUCACACCGCUAAAGUCUCAUGUAAAAAUGUCGAAGGAACUACCUCUGGUGUGGUUGAACCUUCUGGCUGCUUAGCAUAG